AUGGCUGACGCAGAGACAGCAAACGCAGUGUACGCCCAAAUUGGGAAGAUGCGAGAGAUUGCGAAGAAAAAACAAAUCAAUGUCCCCGAGAACGCGUACAUGGCUACGAUCGAUAUUGCUACGGCACUUGUUGCAUCAAACGGGGAUGAAGAGUCUGCCUUGUUGAAGAUACAGGCAAAACUUGGUCGCAACAAACGAGCUCUUCCACCGGAAUCGAAGCAAAGUUUGAAGAAAAUGAAAAUGGGUGGUGAAAACGGUGGCAAGAACGUUGGACAGACUUCAGAUUAUGCAGGACUGAAGGAUCAAGAAGAGUCGGUCGCUCCCCACAAGACGAUUCGGCUGGUCGAAGAAGCUCGUGAGAAAAAAGCUGUAAAUCCUGCGAACCAGAAGAUCGUGGAUGCCUUUGCCAAUUAUGGCGAGGAACAACUUGAUCGCGGACAUACUGGCAAAGGGGUGUCGCAUUUGCGAGCUGCAAUCCACAUUCGUGACCAUCCAGAUGCCAUUACGUCUGCUCGGCAGGCCCGUGCUGUUCCUAUGGUAGGUGACAAACUAGCGUCUCAAAUUGAAGAAGUACUUGCGACGGGGAAGUUUAAAGAUGAGACUUCCGAUCAAAAUGUCGGCACGGAUGUUGAAAACCACCAGCGACCCGAGUUGGUCGUUGAGAUUUACAAAACUAAAGCCAAGUGUCCCGAGAACCAGGUGUUGGUGGAUGAGUUGGCGAAAUUUGGUGAGCAUGAACUCUACUUUGGUAGUUCGGGCAAAGGAACGAGCCACCUUCGUGCAGCACGUGAGAUUCAACUUAGCGAUCAAGUUAUCAAGUCGGGGUCAACAGCUCGAACGAGUAUCCCGCUAGUUGGUGAUGUGAUAGCUGACAAAAUUGACCAGAUCUUGGAGCAUGGACGUAUCGUGAAGGACACCGGUGAAACUACAGGAUCAAAAAGUUACUCGCGCGGUAGCGGUGGUGGUUACACGCAAGCUCCAAUUGUGCACGACUUGCGCGAGAAACCUGCCGUAUGCAAGGAAAACCAGCCCGUUGUCGAUGCUUUGGUUGACUACGGUGAGAGUCAUUUAUACUCAGGACACAGAGGCAAAGGAAUUUCGCACCUGCGAGCUGCUCAAAACAUUCGAGAUUCCGAGAUAGUUGUGAAAUCGGGACAGCAAGCCAGCAAGGAGAUCGGUAUGGUGGGAAGACGCAUUGCUGCCAAGGUCGACCAGAUCCUUGAGCAGGGUCAUGCUGACAGCGAUGAAGAUUAUGAGUACGACCCAGAAGAUCAAGAGGAAGAAGGAACUGAAUAUGGUGAGGUUGAGCGAGACUCGGUGGUGCCGCCUAUUGUGCAAGACGUUACCGGCAAGCCUGCUGAAGUUGAAAGUAAUCAAUAUUUGGUGGACGCCCUUGUGGAAUAUGGUGAAGAGGAACUCUACAAACGCCACACUGGUCGAGGCACGGCUUUUUUGCGUGCUGCACGCCGUCUCCGCGAUACCGAUUUUGCGGUGAGUAACGGAGAAGAAGCAAAAGCGCUCGGACGCAUUAGCGACAAGGUUGCGGAUUACAUUGACACCAUUGUGCCGAAUUAA